AUGUGUCUUAUGUGUCUGCGGUGUCUGCUCAUCGUGUCAGUGUUAAUUUCACAUGUGUGACUGUGUGUUUUUUUUAAAUUGUUUCUUCUCUCUCUCUUCCUCCUAAAAAGAAGGACCCAAGUCGAAAGUUCAAUGAUUUUCAAAAGUAAAUUAGAAAUAAUGGGAGAGAGUAGAUAAAUAAAUAAUGUGUAAUAUUGAAAUUAUUAUUUCAUUUUGAUUUUUCUCAAGUAUAAUGGCAACACACGUAAGAAGUGUCGAAUCAAUUGGAACAAUAUUACAUUGUGAAUAUUGUACUAACCUCAAAUUUAAACAAGUUCAAGAUUUUGUACGACAUCUUCGAGAUCAGCAUUGUUCACGUGAAGGCGGAUCAUUUGUUUGUCGUUACGGUUACAAUGGCGUUUGCACGAGUCUUCCAUUGGAGGGUGUUUCCGACAAAGAUUAUUUAGUUCAUGCAACAAAGCACGCGACAACAAUGCAACAACAACAGCAACAACAUCAACAGCAAAAAAAAGCAAAUGGACAAUUAAAUGAGGCCUCAACGUCGUGGUCAUUUUAUUCGGCAGCACAAAAUUUACCCGCUGUUUUAAAUGAUCCAAAUCGUGGUAAACAGAGUAAUUUCUUGACAAAAACAUGGGGCGAUUCAUUUAUUGAAAAAGUCGAUAUUCCCAAGAGUCCAUAUCUACCGGAAAUUACAAUUCAACAUUUUGAACUUUAUUUGAAAAAAAUUGCACGGCGCUAUAGAAAGCAUUCGCGUAUGAAUUCAAAUUUAAAUCGUUCAACAUCGCCAAAUGAAUUGUUGCAAAAUUUUCCAAAUUUAAGAAAAACAAAAAGUCUCACAACAAAUAAUGGACCUACAGAGCGUUCGCAAUUUGAUCUCUCCAAUAUACCAAAAAUAUUUCUCAGUCCUCAUCUUGAUUUGUCGAAGAAGGAAAAUUUUGACGCCGUAUUUUCAUUUGCAAAAGAUGGUCUUUUCGAUCAUAGUGGAACUGCCAACGGUCAAGCGAAAAUAAUUCAAGAACAGUUGACGCAAUAUUUAGACACUGUUGAAGUGCGAAUCGCCGAACAAGUUGCUUCCAAGUCGCAGGCAUUUUUUCACGCAAUGACGUCCCACGAUGCACUCAUGGAACAAUUAACGCAAACAAUUACUGUUUUAAAGGCGCUGAGAAAGAAUAUUCAUCAAAUCGACGAUAGUUUGGUGAAGAGUUCUUUUCAAAUUUUAAGAUUAGAGCAGGCGCGAUCAAAUCAUCAACAGGUGCAGGAGAAAUUAAAAUUAAUGGCAACAGUUCAUCAAAGUCAACCAAUGAUACAAUUAUUGCUUUCCACUCCUGAUUAUGUCGCUGCUCUUGAUCUCAUAACGACAACUCAGGAAAUUUUACUUCAGGAAUUGAAUGGCGUUCAUAGUUUUAGACAUUUGGGUUCGCAAUUAAGUGAAAUGGAAAAAUUAGUCGAUAAAAUGCUGUCAACCGAAUUUGAAAGAUAUGCAACUGCAGAUUUGAAUAGACCAUUGGGAGGCGAUAAUACAGUACUUGAUGGGGACAAACUUGUCUCGAUUAUCUCGGGUUUGUUGCGCCAAAAGCAUUUGCAAUUUGUUGACACUUAUAAAGAGGAGGCGGUGACUGCAGUGAGAGCGGUUACCAAGCAACGCGUUAUCGAGGCAUUAACGGCGAGCGAUUGUUGCAGUGAUCAACAAGCGGCGGCAUUGGAAGUUGGCGGUUUAUCACUUGCCGAAAGACUAACACUUUUAUUUAACACAAUACAAUCACUCACGCAUCUUCUCCAUCGAAUUAAAGCAGUCCACAAUGUUAUGCAAGAGACGGCGGAUUUAUCAUCCGGACGUCUACCUGAUGGUUCAAUGGACGAUUCAUUAACGGAUUAUUUAUUAUCAGAGGAGGAAUAUAAUCGAAUAACGAGUAAAUUGACCGAUAUGUUGACGUCAAUUUGUGAUUAUUGUCAUGAGCGUUUAGGAAAUUUAUUGUCGGCAAGUCCAGUGGAAAAAGAAAAGGCAAUAACAUUAACAACCACGACGACGUCGACGACAAGCAAUAAUAGUAAUAGUAAUCAUAAUAAUAAUAAUCAUAAUAAUAAUUCGGAAACGAAAUCAAAUGAAAAGGAGAGUCCAUCGUGGGGUGAAAAAUCUUCGUGGCUUGGCGAUCGAGCGACUGCCGCUCAGGUUUGUCGACUUGCAAAUAUGGUCGAUGGAUUCACUGAAACAUGCGAGAAAAUAUGCGGUAAACAAUCGACUGCAUUGCGCUCUGCAUUUCGGGCACAAGCGAGUAAAUUUGUGCAACGCUUUCACAAUGAGAGAAAAACAAAAUUGAGCCUUUUACUUGAAACUGAACGUUGGAAGCAAGCCGAUGUACCUGCUGAAUUUCAAUCGCUCGUCACAUUUCUCUAUGAGAAUAAAUAUUUUCCCGAACUCUUUAAAAUUGAUUCUAAAACAACAAAUGAAAAUCCAACGAAUUUUAUAUUAAUUGGCGAUGAAAAAUUUGCUGUCGUUGGCGCUGCUCUCAUUCUCGUUCAAAUAAUUCACGAAUAUUGCAGGACGGCGAGUGAAUUGACAACACUUUCGGGUACAAUUGGACGACAAUUGGCGGAACUUUUGCGACACUAUAAUUCGCGAUGCUGCCAAUUGGUUUUAGGUGCUGGCGCCAUGAAAGUCGCUGGACUGAAAACAAUAACGAGUACAAUUCUCGUUCUCGCUGCGCGAAGUUUGCGCCUCAUUAUUUGGAUAAUGCCACUUGUCAAGGCCCAUUUUCAAGGUCUGGCGGAAUUGAGUACAAAUCGUUCGAUUGUUGGCAUUUCGAGUGUCACUGGCGGCGUUGCAUUAUUGGACACUGUCGAGAGGGAUAUUCGAUCGCAUGUGCGUGAAAUUGACACGAAAAUUCUCACGAUCGUCGAUAAUCUUCUUAGCAGUCAUAUUUCAAAUUGGACGGCUAAACCACCAGUGCCAUCGCAGUCUUUUCGGACAAUUUCCAAGCACUUGGCGAAAUUGCACGAGGCUGUUUCGGGAAUAUUACCACCGACUGAAGUGCAAUUGCUCUAUCGUACAGUGAAUGUAUCGUUCAAGGAAAAACUGCGCGAGCAAUUGGUGAAAAUGAAUAUUGUUAAUAAUGGAGGUCCACAGCAUGGCGUUGUCACAUCGGAAUUAACAUUUUAUUUAGAGGCAUUGAGAAAUUUAAAAGUAUUGCCUAUCGAGGAAUUAAAUGACACAUGGUUAAAUGAUGUUUGGCAGAGAUAACAUGCAGAGCGUGUGGUUUAUUGUAUUUUGGAGGCGGUGAAAUUUUACCGCAAGAGAUGACUAAUGCUUGAGUAUUUAUUGUUAUUCUUAAUAUUAUUAUUAUUAUUAUUUAAUUGCCAUUAGUUUAACGCUACUACAAUUAUUAGUAUUAUUAUUACAAUUUUAAUACAAUUAUUAUUAUUAUAAUUAUUAUUAU